GAAUUUUAAACACUGACAAUCAUGACAGAAUACAACCGGCACUUUGAGAAAGUAUUGGAUUUCAUCAAUAUCUAUCGGGAGUUGAUAGAUUGUCAUUUAGUUGAUUUUAUAACUGAGGGGCUAUGGGAGAAGUGCUUACCAGAGAAAUUCAGAUUGGAACUGGAAGAUAUCGAUACAAAUGAUGAUAUCUGGAUGGAAAACCGCAAUACCAAUUCGGAACUGAGUAAUUUUAUACGAUUAACAAGGUCGCUCUCUCUAGAGUCAUGCCCGGCUGUUAUGUGCAUGGAUGAUUUGCCAAAGUUGUUACCACAAUCUUUCAAAGAACGUUUAAUUGAAGGUAAAGAUGUCGUUUGCCCGAAAUCUGAGCUUAUGAACGUAAAAAAGUCACACGAAAUCGAAGUGCUUGGAAAAGUUAUUGCCGAAAUGGCGCUUUCCACCUGCAGCUUAGUAAUAGACGUCGGAGCUGGAAAAGCAUAUUUAUCAACAUAUUUGUCAGAAUACUUUAAUGUUCCUGUAUUAGCAAUCGAUUCAUCUCAAAUUUGUCACAGAGGUGCGAUAAGUCGUCAGGAAAAGAUUCAGAGAAGGAAACAACGCUUAGCGAAGAUUCGAUAUGUAGUUGAAGAGUUAGACGAUAUGACUAAUUAUAACAAAAUGGUAAAUACGUAUUACCCUGAUUGGAGCGUAAAUGGAAAUCUCAUUUUAACAGGAUUACAUACUUGUGGGAUGCUUGUGCAUUCCGUAAUCAAAGCUUUUUUAUGUGCGAAAGAUAUUAAUUUGCUCCUUGUAGUCCCAUGCUGUUAUCAUUUAGCGGAUGAAACAUUGAGCGGAUGUUGGAGCUUUACUAAAAAUGCCAGGAUGUUGGCUCAACAGUCUAUUGAAAGAAGUAGACAUAAUAAACGAUUUUCUCCUUCGUUAUUUUACAGAGCCGUACUGCAAGUUAUUCUACAUUCAAUGGGAUAUUACAACGCCAAAGUAGGUCGUGGUGGACCAUUGAAUAAUUUCACCGAUUAUGCGAAGUAUGCAUUAACCAAAAUCGGAGUCGAUAAGAAGCAGAUACCACCCGCUUAUGUGUUGCAUCAAAUAUAUCAGAAUCACAUACAUCUUGAACCAAGGUUGCGUCUCUUCCAAAUGUUAAGAAUAUAUCUAAGCUCGGUAGUAGAAGCGGCAAUCAUGCUGGAUAGAGUAAUAUUUUUACAAAAUAAUAUUCAGUGUUCCAAGGUUGGUGUAAUACGGUUGUUUGAUCCAACACUCUCUCCCAGAUGUUAUGGGAUAAUUGCAACGAAAUAAGUACAAUAAAUGUAAAGAUAAUAUAAAAUGUUAUAGAAAAAAAUUUUAAUUAUAAAACCAUAUGUCAAUUUACUUAUGGAAAGUACGCCUAUUUUAGUACAAAUAUGAAUAAUUUAAACGUAAAAUAUUAAAAUAAUUGUAUAUUAUACUGUUAUAAAAUUAUAAAAUAAGAAAUUUUCAAUAAAAUUUUUUAUUAAAUUAUAUUGUAAAUGAUAAUGAAUUCACACAAAUUGACCCACUAUUCAAACAUGGAAUAUGAAAUAAUUAUUUUCUAACUUAUUUCAACUGAUAUUCAAUGUUUAAUUCAAUAUUUUUUUUUAUUAUACAAAUGUGAGAUUUUGAAAUAAUAUCUUUAUUAUUUAUCUUAAAAAUAAUCACUUUUUAUUAAUGCAUUCAUCGUACAUUAUACAUAUACAAUUACUUAACUCAUGAUAGAGUCAAGACUUAUGUUCUAUGUUUUAUUCUUAAUAUUAUAAUCUUCCUGUUUGCUUUGUAUAUUUAUAAUACAAUUGCGUAUAUUUACUUCAGUGUACGAGAGCGAGUUCAUAAGUAACUCUAAGGAAAUACAAACAGAAACUAUAGAAUUGUGAUUGCACUGUUUAUGCACCUGCUCACGAUUUUUCUACUUCAUCCUGUAAUACUUUAUUGUAAUAUAGCUAGAUUCUAGAAAACGCACGUAAU